AUGAUGAAAAAGGAGAAAGCGAAAAAAGGAAGCAGCGAUGUUGUGAAAAAGGGGAAAGGGAAGGUGGGUAAUCCACUGGGCCAUUCGGCAAAGGAGGAUAACAAUGGAUAUGCAGCCACGAGAGAGAUCCCCCUGGAGGGGGAAAUAUCCUCGAUUGGGGAUAUCCCGAAAAGGGAAACCAGCAACAUGAGUGUGGAAGGGGAUCCCGCCCCCCAAACGGUAAGUACCCCUGCCAAUGGAGAAUCCACUUCGGAGGGGGGGAAGCAGAUCCUCGGAGAAAGCCCAGAAUACCACAGAUAUUACGAAUACGACAAAUACGACGAAUCCUACGAAGCAGAAACAUUGCGGGGGGAAGAGGAAGAGGACAUGAGCGACAUAUCGACGGACGAAAUGCUGAGCGGCAUGGAAAGUGACACGGACAUGUCGGAGGAAAUAAAGCAGUUUACCUCAGAAGGAAAACUCAUUUAUAAGCAUUUUUAUAAUGACGAGAUCAGUGCGUUGUCGCAGGAAAUACAAGAGAAGGAAAAGAUGCUGGAAGAAGUUAAUAAGACAGUAUGGAACUUAAAAAAUAGAUUCCUCAAAUUGGAAAAACACAUCAAAAGCAAAAAGAAGGCAAUGACAAAAAAAAAGAAAAUAGUGGAGGAGAAGAAAAAAACCCAAGAAGAAGAAAGUGGAGCUUGUCUAAAUAUCCAAGCGAAGAAUCAGUUUUUAAGAAAACAAAAUGAGAAGCUAAAAUAUGAGAGAGAGAAAAACAAUGAAAAGAUCAUAAAGACACAAAACGACUUGAUAGAGUGUGAUAACAGCAUAGAAGAAAUGAAAGAAAAAUUAAUCGACAAGGAAAAGGAACUGAAAGAAUGGACUCUCCAGAUUGAGAAGCUCCAAAAGGAAGAAUUCGAAGUGGAGAAGUUCGCCCUGUCCCAAGACAAGGAAAUUGAAAAUUUGAGCUACAAAUUGGAGAAGCUAAAUCUGGAGAGAGUAGAACAGGAAAGAAAAGUCAACACAAUGAAGACAAAGAAUAUGCAGCUACACAUGGAGUUACAAGCAAAGAUGAAAGAAAAUGAACAAAUGGAAGAAGAAAGAAAAAAACUUCGAACCAAGUGGAAGUGUGUUGUGGAUACUAUAAAUAACAGAGAUCAGACGAUUUUCAAAUUUGAAGAGGAGUUCAUCAAAUAUACAAAGAAAAGAGAAAAACUGACGCAUAAAUGUAAGGGGAUAAAUGAACACAUCGAAACGCAGAAGGGAAAGAAUCACCAACUCAGUGACCAACUAAAAAGGGAAGAAACGAACUUAAACAGAAUGAAGAAAGAAGAGAGAAAAGUUCAAGAAGAACUGAAGAAGGCACAUGAAGAGAGGAAUAUCCUUCUCAAAGAUUUGGAAUGCGAAAAAAUCACAGCCAGGGAAAAACUAGAAGAGAAAAAUAACCUCCAAGUUAGCCUAACCGAGCUGGGAAAGACACUACAUAAGCUAGUCCAAUCAUUUGAAGAGUCCAGGAGAGAAUACACCAAGGAGGAACUAAACAGCGUAGAGAAGAACCAACUUAUCAAGUCAAGUGAGCAGAUACUAAUGGAACAGAAUGGAAAGCUAACCAAGCUGAAUGGAAAAAUAAAAAUGCUGGAUGAAGAAAAAUUUAAAUUGCAGGAAAAUUUACAGAAAAGCAAAAACGAAUACAGCAUCUUGGAAGCAGAUAUGGUUGGGACACAAAUAAAAAUUAAGCAAAUGAAAAGUAACAUAAAAAAGAUGGAACAAGAAUUGGAAAGGCAAAAGGAGAUUCUCUACAAUUUUGAUUUCCAAACACAGGUACUAACGAAGAAACUUAAUGUCGCUUCCGGGAUUAGCACCUUUGAAAAAAAAAAAAAAAGUCAGAAAAAAAUAGACACUCUGGAAAAGGAGUUCACCAGGUAUGAAGAAAUAUACAACACCCUUAACAACGAAAUGAAACGGAUCAGUGUGGAGCUGAAGAAUAUAAAAACUCAGCAGAUGUGCAUGAAGGAAGAGAAGGGAAACAUUUUGCACGAUACAGAAAAACUGGAGCUUGAAAUUAAAUCCCUAGAAAACACCGUCAUUGCCCAAAAUAAAGAAAAAGAAAAUGUCAUGCUUAUCGAAAUGAACCUAAAAAUCGAGUUAGACAAAAUGAAGGAAAUUUUUUCCAACAAUUUAAAUAGCUUAAAUCUUUUGAAAAGAGAAAAAAAAGAAAAUGUCCAAAAUGAAAAGCUAAACGAACAAGACAUUAAUGCACACGUCGACUCGCUCAAAGUCAUCGUAAAAAAUCUGAGCGACGAAUUGCAUAAGCUAAAUCUGCAAGUGCAUGACAAAAAAAGUAGGUGCAACAAUUUGGAGCUCAAGUUGGACGCUAUAAAUGUCCGCUACGGGGAGGAGGAGCAGCAUCAGAGGCGGGAUCAGCAGCAGCGGGAGAAGGACGAGGCUAGCCGACCCGAUCAGCCCAACCAACCCGACGCUCAAGACAACAAACACACUCACUACAAAAUAAAAACAGAAGAAGACAUUUCCAAAUUGAAGCAGGAGAUAGGGACUCUAGAUUCACAUAUCGAAAAAGAAGACCAGCAGGUGGAGAAGUUCCAGAAGACGCUGAACGAGAUCAUUCAGACAAACAAAGCCUUCAGCGAUAACAUAAAAUGCAUCGACCCGCAGUACAAAGAUCUUUUAAAAAAAAAAAACAAAUUAAACAAAAAGUGCAACCAAAUUAAGGAGGACAUUGCCUCCAUAGAGAAGGACAUAAGUCAGUACAAAAAAAAAAUCAACGGCGUGGAAAACGAGCUGAAGUGUGUCCUCACGGAUGCCAAAAGUGUGGAAGAUAAAGUCACCGCUUUGAGGGAAAAUAGCCGUAAAAUGGAAGGAACCAUUAACGACAUCUUCGUCAAAAUCGAGAGGGUCUCCAAUCAGCUGCGCGCCAUCGUCGGCACCAAGAAGAAGCCGAUGAGCAGUCAGUUGGACGAGGCCCGGAGCGACGACGAUGGGAAGGAUGUUCCAACGGGCGGAAGCGCAAACCACGGCGCCGAGCAAGUCCCACUGGAAAAGCGAGUCUUCAAGCAAAUACAAAUGGA